CCACUUGCACAAACUCAACGCAACCAACCACCAAAUUGGUCUAGAAUGCUCUGACACUCGAUUCCCUCCCACAGAGAGAGAGAGAGAGAGAGAGAGAGAGGAUGGGAGUAGUACAAUCGGUCAUCCUCUUGGCACUAAUGCUUCUGUUUCGUCUGAAGGCCGAAGCUUCACACUGUUCAACUCACGGAGUACCUUUGGUGAGGAACAUUGCAGAGCUUCCACAGGAUAACUAUGGGAGGCCUGGUUUGUCUCACAUUACUAUUGCUGGUUCACUCUUGCAUGGCAUGAAGGAGGUUGAGGUAUGGCUCCAAACGUUUGCUCCAGGAUCCCGCACACCUAUCCACAGGCACUCUUGUGAAGAAGUUUUUGUUGUCUUAAAGGGAAGCGGUACUCUCUAUCUCGCCUCGAAUUCACAUCUAAAAUACCCUGGACAGCCACAAGAAUUCCCUAUUUUCACCAAUAGUACAUUUCAGAUCCCUGUUAACGAUGCUCACCAGGUAUGGAAUACAAAUCAAGGCGAGGACUUGCAGGUUCUAGUCAUCAUAUCGCGUCCUCCAGUCAAAGUAUUCAUAUACGACGACUGGUUCGUGCCUCACGUUGCUGCCAAUUUGAAGUUUCCCUACUAUUGGGAUGAACAAUGUUUUCAAACACCCACAAAAUAUGAGCUUUAGCAUUCAAGUCACAACCUUGCUUAGAACAAUGGUUUCAAACACCCGCAAAAGGUGAUCGGCAUUUGAUGUUUUGCGGCGAUGCUAUUGCAUAAUGCUGACAUUGAACCAAUUGGUAAACGUGGAUGAGCUGAGCCCGUGUAUGUAAUGUAAUGAGGAUGAGAUUUUUCUUGCUA